GCGGCCCCGCCUCCACCCUGCUUCUGUUCCGGCUGCUCCCUCCGCUGCCGUUUCUACCGACCGAACCAGCUGUCAGACUGCCCGCUGCUCUCGCUCUCUCUUCGGGCCGAAAGCACCGACACGACCCGAGGAACAACAGCCGACAUACGUUGUCUCCCGUUUCUUGGCUUGUGUGGUGAAACGGCCGGCUGGCGUCCUCCGCAAGGGACAGCAGGCUCUCAGACGCUGUGAUCCAUGAGGACUUGGCUCGCCAUAAUCCGCUAAAGAGCAUUAGCGUGCUAAGUUUAGCGCCGGGGCUGCGAGAUGCAGAUAUCCGAGCCCUACAACCAGAAGAACUCGCUGUUCAACACCAUGAACCGCUUCAUCGGCGCCGUCAACAACAUGGACCAGACGGUGAUGGUGCCCAGCCUGCUGCGGGACGUGGAGGACGUGAAGACGGCCGCGGAGAACGCCGCUAACGACAGCAGCAGCGAUGCGUACUACGUCCAGGACGGCGACAUGUACAGCUCCUACGUGCUGUUAAAAUCCAUCCGCAACGACAUCGAGUGGGGCGUCUUGCAGGGCGACGAGCGGUGUAAAGAGAAGCCGGCGACCGCGGCUGUGGCCGUGGCGGCCGGCGGGGAGGGAAACGAAGACGGCGAGGACAAUGACCUGGAGAAACAGUUUCAUUUCCACCUGAAGGGACUCCACGCUGUUCUGUCCAAACUGACGUGUAAGGCCAACACGCUCACCAGCCGCUACAAGGAGGAGAUCGGCUGCGGGAACUGACCGCCACGCGCUCACACGGAGAAUUUAUUCGGUUGUUUUUAUACACCGGUCGGCUCGGUAACUGUUUAGACGCAAAAACUCAACCCUCCUGCUGUCCUUGGGUCAAAUCUGACCCAUUUUCAAAGAGUUUCUAUAUCAGAAAUUUGGGUUUCUUUCAACGAAAUUGUCAAAAUAAAUAACGUGAAUGGAACAAUUAUUUUCAACAAUCUCCAUCACCAAACUCCACCAGACUCCAUGUAAAUAAUCAGUAAUUUUAGCGUGUAUAGAGCCAGCAUAUUUCCACCA